UUUACAAAUUUGAGCUUUUCACCUGAAUCACAAACCGAAGUAAAUGCAUUUUUGGCUAGCGUGACGCAAAUUGGAAUGAUUAUGAAGUAAAAACUUCUUUUUUGGUUGGAAAUAAAACCAAUCAAGUCUUCUAACCUAAAGAUGGUCAAAGGUGGACCAGAGUUUAACAAAAGACUGCCCAGAUUUCUGCGACAUGAAGACAUACCAACAGAUACCUUUACACCCAGGACAUACCAGGUGGAGCUGCUUGAUGCAGCAUUACAUCGCAACACAAUCAUAUGCCUGGGAAGUAACUCUGGCAAAGCCUUCAUCGCACUCAUGGCCAUCAAGGAGAUGGCACACCAGAUCAGGAAGGCCUAUGAUGAUGGAGGGAAGAGAACUGUCUACCUUGUGGUGUCCGAUCUGGCGGCCGAGGUUGAAUGGCAGAUCCUCCAGCACCACACUGACCUGACAGUAGGCAAGUACAACUCCGACACCAACCUCGACGACUGGAAACAGGAAGACUGGGUGGCCGAACUCAGGGAGAAGCAGAUCCUUGUCAUGGUGGCAGACGUGUUUCACACUGCCCUUGACAGCGACUUCCUGCCACUCUCCAGCCUCAAUCUGGUUAUAUUCGAUGACUGCCAUCUUGCAGUAGGGGACCAUCAUUAUGUGCACAUAAUGGAACAUCUUUCCCCUUCAUCGGACGAAGAGCAGCCACAGAUUCUGGGUCUGACUGCAGCCAUAUUGGGAAGUCGUUGCAAUGACCCCUAUGAGCUGCGGAAUGCAAUCACAUCACUUGAAGCUAUGUUACAUUCCAGAGCUGAAACUUCCAUGCUUGUGAUCUCAGAGAGGUAUGGCUCACGCCCCAAAGAGGUUGUGUACCAGUGUGAACAAGUUGAGCCCUUGGACAUCACCUUGGUGCUGAAGACAAUCCUCGAGAAUGCUUUGUUCUUCCUCUACGAGUUGCAGUUCACGGAAGAAGAAUGUGGGAAGAAGGAUCCUCGGCACAUUCCCAGGAAUGCCUUAUCUGAAUGCCACAAUAUUUUGCUCCGACUUGGUCCAUGGUGUGCGGCUCGAAUUGCAGAAAUGUUGAUAACCCAAAUUGAAAAAUCGGAAAAAUUGGAAAGCAAUCCAAUUCCUAAAAGACUGCUUCGCUUUGCAUCAACUCAGCUUCGAUACAUCACAAAGGUUUUCGAUAAAGAAUUCACACCUGAUUAUGUGGUUGAAGAAUUCCUCGAGUACACAACACCUAAGGUUGUUCAACUUGUCGAUAUUUUACGGAAGUACAAACCAGAUUUAGACUUUAUGAUUAUCAGUAACGAGGAUUCCGGGAUGUCGGAUGAAUCGGACCUGUCUGACGACUCCAUGGAUUUGUCUGAUUCGGACGAUGAUGAUGGAAGUCCAUCUUCUCAUUCUAACAAACAAAUUCAUAUUGCUGUCAAACGAAGCAUGGAUGGGUUUGAGGAUAGGGCCGUUAGCUGUUUCCUUGGUCCAGAUGAGAAAAAGUUGAUAGGAGUUGUUUUUGUAGAGCAGAGAUAUGUAGCAUUUGCCUUGAACAAACUUAUAGAGGAGGUGUGUGGCUGGGACGAGAAUCUGUGCUUUAUCAAGAGCAACCACCUGACUGGGCCAGGAUGGAAGGGAGGCAAGAUGAAGAAGGACACGGGGAGGGUGUAUCGUAAGCAGGAAGAGACGUUACGCAAGUUCCGCAUGCAGGAGCUCAAUCUCCUGAUAUCCACUAGUGUCCUUGAGGAAGGGGUGGACAUUCCCAAGUGUAACCUUGUUGUUCGGUUUGAUCCUCCCAAAGACUACAGGUCCUAUACGCUGGCCAAGGGUCGGGCUCGAUCUAGGGAUGCAGAGUACAUAAUUCUGGUGGAGAGGGACAAGAAGAACACUUUCACAGAGGAACUCAAGAUCUUCAAAGGAAUAGAGGAGGUUUUGAUCGGGGAUGGGAGAGGUAGGAAAGAUUUAGCUGAUGAAGCAGAUGAGAUCAGUCCUGAUAUAGUUGUGGACAUGCUGCCGCCAUAUUGUCCAACUGACAACCCGUCUGGUCCCAAGGUCACCAUGCAAACAGCCAUUGCCCUGGUCAACAGGUACUGUGCAAAGUUACCAAGUGAUGCCUUCACCCAUCUAACACCUCACUGUUCCAUUGCCAUGGUUACCGACACAGACACUCCAAUGUUUGUGGCCUCGCUCAGACUGCCAGUGAACUCGUCCAUAAAACAGGAGAUAAUGGGUGUGGCCAUGCCUUCCAAGAAGCUUGCCAAGAUGGCUGUAGCAUUGAAGAUGUGUGAGAAGUUACAUAAAGCAGGUGAGUUGGAUGACAACUUGAUGCCUGUGGGGAAGGAGAUGUUUGUCUAUGAGGAAGAAGAGGAAUGGGAAGAGGAGGACGUCGCUGGUCAGGCUCGCCCAGGGACAACAAAGAGAAAGCAGUACUAUUACAAAAAAGCAGCAGAUGCAUUUGUUCAAAGUCAUGUCCGCCCAGAUGAGCCCUGCAAUCUGUACUUCAUCAACCUCAAACUGACAGGGCCAAUCACAGAUGAGCAGAACACCCGCGGCAGACGCAUAUAUGCACCAGAGGAUACUGCACAGUCGCUGGGUCUACUUUCAUCAAAAGAAAUCCCCCUGGUCCCUCAUUUUCCAGUGUACACUCGAUCAGGGGAGGUAACUGUCUCUGUGGACCUGAUCCAGUCAAAUGUAGUGCUUGGUCAGGAAGACCUGAAGAAAAUCGGGAAAUUUCAUCAGUUUGUGUUCACCAGUGUCCUUCACCUUGAGAAAGACCCCAUGGAAUUUGCUGUUUCUAGUGCUGAUGUCGGCUAUCUUAUUGUUCCGCUUGACAAAGAUUUGUCCACUGAGAGUGGCUUGGGAAUCCAGUGGGACUUUGUGAACCUUGUCCAGUCCACUGCCAACCCAGAGAAAAAGAAGAAUGUGUUUGACAAGAAACGCGGUGUGUUUGAGUUCCGCCAGGAGGACUUUGCAGAUGCUGUGGUGAUGCCAUCAUACCGUAACAUCGAUCAGCCCCAACACUUCUACGUUGCUGAAAUCCGUUUUGACCUCAACCCAACUAGUCCCUUCCCUUCGCCCGAGUUGUACAAAACAUUCAAUGAAUACUACACCACCAAGUAUGGGCUGACCAUCACCAACACAGACCAGCCCCUCCUUGAUGUGGACCACACGUCUGCUCGCCUCAACCUCCUCACUCCGCGCUACAUGAACCAGAAGGGUGUGGCCCUGCCAACAAGCAGUGCAGAGACCAAGCGUGCUCGGCGAGAGAAUCUGCAGCAAAAACAGAUCCUAGUCCCAGAACUGUGUGAUAUACAUGUCUUCCCAGCUUCUCUGUGGCGGAAGGCUGUUUGUCUGCCAGCUGUUCUCUACAGGAUGAAUUAUCUUCUCCUUGCGGAGGAGAUUAGAAAACGCAUUGCAAAGGAAACAGGCAUUGGGGUUGUGGAAUUGCCUUGUGACUUUCGAUUUCCACAGCUGGAUUUUGGAUUUGAAACAAAUCCUGAAAAGUUAAAAUGUGACACUGAGGAAGGUCAGGACAAGGAUGUCAGUGACGAUGAAAAACAGAACUCUUUUGAAAGGCAGGAAAGUCCAACAGAUGAUGUACAUUCAUGUGAUUCUAGUCAGAAGUCUGAUGAAAAGGAUAAACUGCCGUCCAGUCCCAAUGAAAGUAGUCCCCCUGUCAUCUCCCGGGAUGACCUGAAGGCAAUUGAGGACAAGGGAGAGAUGUCAUCAGAUAGUGAUUCAGGUAUUGCCUCGGCAGGCUCAGAAGUCAGUGUAGCAGACAUUGGAGCUCAACCCAAGUGUGAUACCAGUACAACUGAUCUGUCUGCCCAGCCAAAUAGCAACACACCUGAUGCAAGUACCAGCACCACAGGUGUACAGUCCAAGUCUGACCAUGCUGAUACCACUGCCACAACCGUUCAGCCUCAGACAGACAGUGUAGUGUCAGAUGCUGGUACCAGUGCCACAGCCGUUCAGCCUCAGACAGACAGUGUAGUGUCAGAUGCUGGUACCAGUGCAACAGCCGUUCAGCCUCAGACAGACAGUGUAGUGUCAGAUGCUGGUACCAGUGCAACAGCCGUUCAGCCUCAGACAGACCGUGUAGUGUCAGAUGCUGGUACCAGUGCAACAGCCGUUCAGCACCUGACAGAGAGUGUAGUGUCAGAUGCUGGUACCAGUGCCACAGCCGUUCAGCACCUGACAGAGAGUCCUGUGUCUAAGGCAGAUAGACAGAUAUCUGCGCCAAAGAUGUUCAGCCCAAGACAGACAGUGCUGUGUCAGAUGCAUGUACCAGUGCCACAGCCGUUCAGCCUCAGAGAGACAGUACUGUGUCAGACGCAGAUACCAGUGCCACAGGUGUUCAGCCUCAGACAGACAGUGCUGUGUCAGACGCGGAUACCAGUGCCACAGGUGUUCAGCCUCAGACAGACUGUGCUGUGUCAGACGCAGAUACCAGUGCCACAGGUGUUCAGCCUCAGUCAGACGGUGCUGUGUCAGAUGCAGAUACCAGUGCCACAGGUGUUCAGCCUCGGACAGACUGUGCUGUGUCAGAUGCAGAUACCAGUGCCACAGGUGUUCAGCCUCAGACAGACUGUGCUGUGUCAGAUGCAGAUACCAGUGCCACAGGUGUUCAGCCUCAGACAGACAGUGCUGUGUCAGACGCGGAUACCAGUGCCACAGGUGUUCAGCCUCAGACAGACGGUGCUGUGUCAGAUGCAGAUACCAGUGCCACAGGUGUUCAGCCUCAGACAGACAGUGCUGUGUCAGACGCGGAUACCAGUGCCACAGGUGUUCAGCCUCAGACAGUGCUGUGUCACGGAUACCAGUGCCACAGGUGUUCAGCCUGUCAGUGCUGUGUCAGAUGCAGAUACCAGUGCCACAGGUGUUCAGCCUCAGACAGACAGUGCUGUGUCAGGCAGUGAUACCAGUGCCACAGGUGUUCAGCCUCAGAGAGACAGUACUGUGUCAGGCGAGGAUAGUGCCACAGGUGUUCAGCCUCAGACAGACAGUGCUGUGUCAGGCGAGGAUACCAGCCAGGUGUUCAGCCUCAGACAAACACCUCAGACAGACAGUGCUGUGUCAGAUGCAGAUACCAGUGCCACAGGUGUUCAGCCUCAGACAGACAGUGCUGUGUCAGACGCGGAUACCAGUGCCACAGGUGUUCAGCCUCAGACAGACAGUGCUGUGUCAGACGAGGAUACCAGUGCCACAGGUGUUCAGCCUCAGACAGACAGUACUGUGUCAGACGAGUAUACCAGUGCCACGGGUGUUCAGCCUCAGACAAACAGUACUGUGUCAGACGCUGAUACCAGUGCCACAGGUGUUCAGCCUCAGACAGACAGUGCUGUGUCAGACGAGGAUACCAGUGCCACAGGUGUUCAGCCUCAGACAGACUGUGCUGUGUCAGACGCGGAUACCAGUGCCACAGGUGUUCAGCCUCAGACAGACAGUGCUGUGUCAGACGAGAUACCAGUGCCACAGGUGUUCAGCCUCAGACAGACGGUGCUGUGUCAGAUGCAGAUACCAGUGCCACAGGUGUUCAGCCUCAGACAGACAGUGCUGUGUCAGACGCAGGAUACCAGUGCCACGGGUGUUCAGCCUCAGACAGACAGUACUGUGUCAGACGAGGAUACCAGUGCCACGGGUCCUCAGACAGACAGUACUGUGUCAGACGCGGAUACCAGUGCCACAGGUGUUCAGCCUCAGACAAACAGUGCUGUGUCAGACGAGUAUACCAGUGCCACGGGUGUUCAGCCUCAGACAAACAGUACUGUGUCAGACGCUGAUACCAGUGCCACAGCCGUUCAGCCUCAGACAGACAGUACUGUGUCAGACGAGGAUACCAGUGCCACAGGUGAUCAGCCUCAGACAGACAGUGCUGUGUCAGACGAGGAUACCAGUGCCACAGGUGAUCAGCCUCAGACAGACUGUGCUGUGUCAGAUGCAUAUAGAACAACCACAGGCGUUCAGCCACAAACAUACUGUGAUGUGGAAGAUGCAGAUACCGCAAAUAUGCAGAAGAAAUGUGUCAUAUCUGCCAAAACCAUUGCAACAACUAGUACCACAAAUAUGCACGACUCUAUCAUGCAUGAUAAGGAAACCAGACCAAAUGACAGUUACACAUCCCAGUCAGACCACAGUCCCACUGGUGCACAGUCACACCAGACAGGUUCUUCUGUAGCUCCUGUAGAAACUAGUUCCAAGAGUUUAGAAACCGUUAAUGAACCCAUACCACUUAGUACAAAACAACAGACAGAUUGUUUUGUACCUGGUACAGAAACCAGUGUUUCUGGUACACUGCCCAAGAUAGACUGUACAGUGCCUGAUAUGGAACUGAGUGUAGUCGGUAAACUUGAACAUUGCAGCAAGUCAUUUGCAAACCAUACUUCUACUGAUGAUAUUCCGUUAGUCACAGGCAAUGUAAUAGAAGUUGUAGAUGACAGACAUGCAAGAUUUGACAAUGUGUUGGAAACAAACUCUAUGCAGAUUAAGAACAGAAAUGAUUCUUUAUGUCGUAUGGACAGAAAUGUAUGUGAAGACUUUGUGAAGGAAUCUGGAACUGCAGAUUCUGAAGGGAACGAUACUCAAUGGUGCUCAACUGAAGUUAGCAAUGCAACUGUCUGCAGUAAUGCACAGUCCGCAGAGGACACUCCAGAGUCCUGUGAUGCUGCAGGACCCCCAGCAAGUCCAGACCACGGCCCGGUGCUCAACACUUCACCUAGUACAGCACACACUGGAACAAACAUAAUACACAAUCAAACUAGUCACUCAUCAGAAAGGUGCUCAUCACUAACUCAUGCUCAUUCCAAUAUGGUAAUCUCCGAACCUCUCAAAGAAAAUAUCCAAGCUGAUCCUCAAAUGUCAGUUGAUCCUGACUCCUCACCCCUUCAGGUGGACCACUUUCAGUAUACAUCCUCCACAUCUUGGGAAAACUCUUCAGCCAGUCACCAUGGUGAUGUAACAGAUCCCAAUGUGAUGGAUUCAUGCCAACACAUGAUCUCACAAACAGAACAAUAUAGUACAGAAACCCCUGCUCAAAUUAAGCUAGAUGAUCAAGGAAAGGACAGUGUGAAGGCUGAUGGGCAGACUGCUCAAUACUCUGAUGCAAGCAAACAGUCCUCUGUGUCAAAAAGUGACCUUCUUAGCGAACCAGCUGCCGAAACAGUGUUCAAUGCAAAUCCUCGGUGUGAUUCUUCCGACCAGACAAAAGACAGCCCAGCAUCAGGAUGGGAUGAUGAUUCUGUGUUACAGCUGACCUCGAUCGGGGGUCCUUCAAUUAGGCAGCAAGAGGAUGAAACUGAAGGUAACUGCUGUGAUAAGGACAAUGCAGGUUCUUAUAGUAAUGAUGCUGAUGCUGACUUUGGUGUCUGGUCCUACCCGGGUUGUGGAGAGCCUUGUCCUGACAGUGACGCCUCCUCCUCCACAACAUCAGAAGAGGUGGAACUGGAACUGACAUCUCAGCCAAACAUCUGCCUGGAUGAGGAUCGAGAUCUCAGUACUUUCGUCGGACCAAGCCCCUGUCUGAUUUUACAGGCGUUAACAAUGUCCAAUGCUAAUGACUUUUUCAGUUUGGAAAGAUUAGAAACUAUUGGUGACUCGUUUCUCAAGUAUGCCAUCACUGUAUAUCUCUACUGCUCGUACCCAGGCAUUCACGAAGGAAAGCUGAGUUACCUCCGCAAACAAGUCAGUAAUUACAAUCUGUAUAGACUCGGUAGGAAGCGCCGUUUGGCGGAGUGUAUGGUGUCAGCCAAGUUUGAACCCUAUGAGAACUGGCUCCCUCCGGGAUACAUCAUCAACGAGAACAGGAGGAGAGGCCCGGUGCCAAGAGUGGUCAUUGCUAACUCUGGCAAGAAGAUGUCAAGUAAUGCCAAAAAGACUGAUUCCGAUUCCACAGUGGCCAAAUUAUUCGAGGACAAGAAGAAACGAGAUCGUAGUAAACUUGAUAAAGCAGAAGUGUGUGAUCUGAUAAGUGAGAAAGAGAAAUCUGAGAGUAAAGAUGUAUCUGAGGAUUCUGAAGGAAAUGUGACAAAGAAACUUGGGUGUGGUGAAAUGGAUGACACACUUAGAGUUGACGCUGAAUCUGAAGGUAAGGUGGCCGAUAAUCCUGAAUCUGAGAACAAGCAUCUCAAUAAUGAGGAUUGUAAAGAAAACAUGUCAAAGAAACAGGAAGCAGACAAAAAUAGAACUGAUAUGGAUUCUGAAGGAAGUGUAACUGUGGAAACUGAAACUGUAAACAAGCAUAGUGUUGCUGCUGUUUGUGAAGAGAGCUUAAGUGAGGAUGUUGUUUGUGAAGAGAGCUUAAGUGAGGAUGUUGUUUGUGAAGAGAGCUUAAGUGAGGAUGUUGGUUGUGAUACUGAAUCUAUUUAUAUGGAAGAGGACGAUGCUCUUGUCAACACAUCUGCUCCAUCAAACAGUGCUGCCAGUCACACAUCUGCUGAUAUGGAACAAACCACGACUGUGUCCACAGCAGACCAUGGUGACGGGACAAUAGAACAAAGUGGAUGUGUGCCACCUAUGAGUGAUGUAGAACGUCAGAAGUUUGACCAGGAGCUUGAAGAAAUUGACCUGAUCCAAGAGGCCGACAAGAUUGAGGACUUGACUGAUGACACUCUGGCUUUAGUGCCCUACAGUCUACAGACUCAGCAUGGGAUUCCAGACAAGAGUGUGGCUGACAGUGUGGAGGCUCUGAUUGGCUGCUACCUGACCACUUGCGGGAAGAAGGCAGCGCUGAUGUUCAUGUCGUGGCUGGGUCUGAAGGUGUUGCCGAGGAAGGAUCAACGAGUGGGAAUGGUUCGCAGGAAGGAAGGACAGCAGGUGAGUGAGUAUGAGUUUGAGGAGCUGCAGUGUCCCCCGUCGCCGCUGUUCCUGGCAGGACACCAACACGCCAACAACAUGCUGAUCCAUCUCCUGGACGGCUACAACGUCUUCGAGGAGAAGAUCGGCUACACGUUCCAGGACCGUUCUUACCUGCUACAGGCCUUCACUCACGCCUCCUACCAUUACAACUCCAUCACCGACUGCUAUCAGAGGCUGGAGUUUCUUGGAGAUGCAAUCCUGGACUACGUGAUCACCCGUCAUCUGUACGAGGAUUCGCAGAAGUAUUCUCCGGGCAUCCUGACCGACCUGAGGUCCGCCCUUGUGAACAACAACAUCUUUGCAGCUCUGGCAGUGAAGUGGGAUUUCCACAAGUACUUCAAGGCCAUCUCUCCAGCGCUGUUCCACGUCAUUGAGAAGUUUGUGGCCAGACAGAAGGACAAGGAGGAUGAGAUUGACAUUGAGGAUGAGUUCCAGAUGCUGGAGGAUGGGGAUGAGGACAGUGAGCAGGUGGAGGAGGUGGAGCUGGAGAUACCUAAAGCUCUGGGAGAUAUCUUUGAGUCUGUUGCUGGUGCUAUCUACCUUGACAGUGGCAUGUCCCUGGACACUGUGUGGAGAGUGUACUACCGCAUCAUGCGACCCCAGAUAGAAAAGUACCUGAAGAGCAUCCCCAAGUCUCCUGUGAGAGAAUUAUUGGAGCUGGAGCCUGAGACAGCCAAGUUCGAGAAACCUGAACGCACAAUGGAAGGAAAGAUCCGAGUGACAGUGAAUGUGGUAGGCAAGGGAGUCUUCAGUGGUAUUGGCCGCAACUACAGAAUCGCAAAGAGUGCUGCUGCCAAGAAAGCUUUGAGAAUCAUCCGCUCUAUGCAAAUGGGAGGGCUUGAGUGAUGUCCAUAUGCUCAGCAAGUCUGCCUUGACCUGUGACCUCUUCAUGCCAUACCUCAGUCUGGACUGUAGUCCCAGCUAACUGACCAUGCCUUCCAGUCUUCUGUCCACUGACUGACCAGGCCUGGGAGUUUUCUAUUCAAGGUCCCUGAUGAGAUGGGACAUCUUUUGACCUUGACCUUCAUCAUCGUAUAGACACUAGCUAAAGUCACUGACAUUUUGAAAAUAUAUAUGUUUUAUUUAUGAGAACAAUGGUUCAUAAAGUUGAAAUUGUAAAUAUUCGGAAUUUAGAUAUGAGAUUAACAGAAUUAAGGUAUAAGAUAUAUCACACUUACAUGUAUAUGUUAUGAUGACUAGGGGUGAAAUAGUAUACCAAGGUAUUAGUAGAACCGCGGUAAUUUGCCUUCGGUUCGGUAUACCGUAAUGCAAUCCAAAAAUUCUCGGUUUU